UUAAAGGGCUCUUAAAAUCGAUUUCUUUAUUCCACCCCCAACAAGGGGAUUAGUGCUGAAAUCAGCCUUGCCGGGUCAAAUUUGGAGUACUGUGGACACAAUUCAAUGGUAUUGGCCUCCGGGAGCUACCCCAGAGUGCUCAGUUGUGACCGCUCUGGACAGCACUCUCAACUCAGAUGCACCGGCCAGGUAUACAGGAAAAAGCCUGCAAACUUUUGAAUUUCAUUUCCUGUUUGGCCAGCGAGGCGAGCUCACCUGCACAGGUCACCAUGCAGAGCUCAUCAUCACAGGAGACCAUGCAGUCCCAGAAUCACCAAAGAGCUCCAGCAUGGACCCAACGGGAGGUAUGGGAUCUGAUCGCUAUAUGGGGAGACAAAUCCAUGCUGGCUGAACUCCAUUUGAAAAGACAAAAUGCAAAAAUAUUUGAAAAAAUUUCCAAUGUCAUGAAGGACAGAGGCUAUAACAGGGACCUGCAGCAGUGCCACAUGAAAAUUAAGGUGCUCAGGCAAGCCUACCAAAAAAACAGAGAGGCAAAUGGCUGCUCCGGUUCAGAGCCCCAAACAUGCCACUUCUAUGAUGAGCUGCAUGCCAUUCUAGGGAGUGCAGCCACCACUACCCCAACCCUGUGCUUUGACUCCGUCCAAGGAGUGGUAGACAACAUGGAAGCGGGUUUUGGGGGUGAGGAAGAUGAGGAGGAAGAGGAGGUUGUAGAUAGCUCACAGCAAGGAAGCGGAGAAACCAGUUUUCCCAACAUCCAGGAUCUGUUUCUCACUCUGGACCUGGAGCCAAUACCCCCUGAACCCACCCAAGGUGGGCUCCCGGACCCUGAAGGCAGAGAAGGUGGAGAAGGGACCUCUGCUGGAUAUGUUUCUCCUUCCCAGAGGCUAGCGAAGAUUAGAAGGCGAAAAAAGUGUACUUGUGAUGAAAUGUUCUCUGACCUCAUGCUGUCCUGUCCACAUUGACAGAGCACAGCAAAAUACAUGGAGGCAGACAAUCUCAGAGUGCAGGAAAACACAAUAUGACUGCGAGGAGAGGUGGUGGGCUGAAGAUGGUAGGUGGUGUCAGCUUGCUGAAAGAAGGCAGGAGUCAAUGCUCAGGCUGCUGGAGGAUCAAACUCAUAUGCUCCAGUGUAUGUCUGAGCUUCAGGAAAGGCAGCAGGAGAACAGACCGCCACUACAGCCCAUGUGUAACCAACCACCCUCCUUCCCAGGUUCCAUAGCCUCCUCACCCAGGCACCCAAGAACGCGGUGGAGGGGCCACCGGCCAACCAGCCACUCCACCCCAGAGGAUUGCCCAAGCAACAGAAGGCUAGCAUUCAAUAAGUUUUAAAGUUUUAAAGUGCUGUGUGGCCUUGUCCUUCCCUCUUCCACCACCCCUCCCGGGCU